AUGGCACCAGUAGAGUUACGUGAGUUGAAAAUUCAAUUGCAGGAAUUGGUUGAUAUUGGGUUCAUUCGACCUAGUGUUUCCCCUUGGGGUGCACCAGUGUUGUUUGUAAAGAAGAAGGAUGGAAGCAUGAGGCUUUGUAUCGACUACAGGCAGUUGAACAAGGUAACAGUGCGUAAUUGCUAUCCUUUGCCUCGAAUCGAUGACUUGUUUGAUCAGUUAAGGGGUGCCAAGUAUUUUUCCAAGAUUGAUAUGAGAUCGGGAUAUCAUCAACUCAAAGUACGAGAAGAUAAUAUUCCCAAGACAGCAUUCAGGACUUGUUACAGCCAUUACGAGUUCUUAGUGAUGCCUUUCAGAUUGACAAAUGCUCCAGCAGCGUUUAUGGAUCUCAUGAACAGAGUGUUCCGACCUUACUUGGAUCGCUUUGUGAUUGUGUUCAUAGACGACAUCCUUGUUUAUUCUCGAACUUUUGAGGGUCAUAAGAAACAUUUGGGGUUGGUGUUGAAGACUUUGAGAAGGAAGCAGCUUUAUGCCAAGUUAAGUAAGUGUCAGUUUUGGUUAGAUAGAGUGGACUUCCUUGGACAUGUGAUUUCAGCAGAAGGAAUCUAUGUAGACCCUCGUAAAGUGGAAGCUGUUGUGAAUUGGGUGCAACCCACAAGUGUAACAGAACUACGGAGUUUCCUGGGGUUAGUGGGCUACUAUCGUCGAUUUGUAGAAGGGUUUUCUUCGAUAGCGGCACCUCUUACUCGGUUGACGAGGAAGGAUGUUAAAUUUGAGUGGACGAAGGAGUGCGAGCAGGGUUUUCAGGAGCUGAAGAAGCGGUUAACCACCACACCUGUUCUGGCUCUUCCAGAUAACUCGGGGAACUUUGUGAUCUACAGUGACGUGUCUUUACAAGGCCUGGGAUGUGUUCUGAUUGGUGUUCGCCCUCAAGAUUUGGCGGCAUUACCUAAGGAGCUGAAUAUGAGACAACGCCGUUGGCUGGAAUUGGUUAAGGACUAUGACCGUACGAUUAAGUAUCAUCUGGCCGAGCGAAUGUUGGAAGUAGAGAGUGGUACACGGACGGAUUAUGCAAUAAGAAAGGACGGAGCUUUGGUGACUGGAACUCGUCUUUGUGUACCCAUGAACAAUGAUGACUUGAGAAGAGAAAUCAUGGAAGAAGCUCACUGUUCCACUUACUCUAUGCAUCCUGGUAGUACUAAGAUGUAUCGAACUCUACGUGAGUACUACUCGUGGCCGUAUAUGAAGGGAGAUAUUGCUAAGUAUGUGAGUAGAUGUUUGAUUUCUCAACAAGUGAAAGUAGAACAGCAGAAACCAUCUGGACUUAUGCAACCACUUCCGAUCCUUGAAUGGAAGUGGGAGCUUAUCACAAUGGACUUCGUUUUCAAACUUCCACAUACUUCCAAAGGGCAUGAUGGAAUUUUGGUGAUAGUUGACCGACUCACCAAAUCCACCCAUUUUCUACCUAUAAAGGAAACCUAUUCCUUGUCAAGGCUGGCAAAACUCUUUGUGGAUGAGAUCGUGAGGUUGCACGGAGCUCCUGUGUCUAUUGUGUCGGACAGGGAUGCAAGGUUCACAUCUCAUUUCUAG